CAAUAUUCACCAUGUCUAUGCCUGACUUUGACACCUCUCGUCGGCCUUCCCAGGCCGAGAAUCAAACCAUCCUCAAGUCCGAAAUACCGUUGAAGGAGCGAUUCUUUCGCUAUUUCCAGCAUGAAAUCACCGGUAUGGCUUGGCCAAUCUAGUUGAUGUCUUGCGAACUAGCCUUGUGGCAAGGGGAGAGAGUCUGACACAUGUGCUCUCUGCAGCUCUUCAGGAACAGAUGGAUCGAUUGGCGGACACAUCGCUAAUAGGAGGGGAGCGGGCGGAUGCAACUGAUCACUGUCUGGCCGGGAUUGCGCGCUUGUCCAAUGAAGUCAAGGAUGCAGCUAGCUAUAUCCCGACGUACGAUCAGCGGAUUUACGCAGAGGCCAUCAAAGCGUUGCAGGACAAACUCAUCGAAACGCGGGCUGCCGUAGAGCCGCGCCCCAAGUUCAGCUUCAAGACCAAGAAAAAUGCCUCGGCCAUCUCUCUGUCUGAUGCGGCCCAAAUGGCUGCGCAGGUUCGCAGUAUCCCCGGCUUCGCCUCGCCCGAAUCGUCCUCCGUCGGAUCGUCCGCCGCCCAAACCCCCAUGUAUCCGUCGACUCCGCUCAACGAGCCCGACAACCGACUCCAUAUGCUGCAACGACCGGAGAUUGCCCCCACAUCCAUCCCAGCUAUCCCAGUCGACGAAGGAGCGGGCGACAAACUCCUCAAGCCUGAACCACCUCAUCAUGGCUUCGCCGCGACGGCUCUCACCUCGGUGUCGGUGAACAACCACCAUAACCUCCACAUCAUGCUGCCCUCAUCAGGGUCAACACCCAACGUCCCGGCAUCGAUCACCUCGCUGCGCCAUUGCGUCGUCGACAUGUCAAUUCCCACCGUCAACGGCAAACCGUACGCCAGCCUGACAGUCAAGAACGCGAGAGAGAGCCUCCUGGUGUGCGGCCAGAUCAACGGACCCGCCCACAUCACGGGCGUGGAACACAGUAUUGUGGUGGUGGACUGCCGCCAGUUCCGCAUGCACAACUGCUCCAACGUAGACGUCUACCUAAGUGCCUCCAGCAACCCGAUCAUAGAAGACUGCACCAACAUCCGCUUCGGCCGCAUCCCCCGCAUCUACACAUUGAACCACGACCGCCCCGACGACGAAGACAGAUGGAGCCAAGUCGAAGACUUCAAAUGGAUCAAACCCGAACCAAGUCCUAACUGGAGCCUCCUCGCCCCCGAAGACGCAGUCCCCGAAGAAGUCUGGGCGGAGAUCGUCCCCGGCGGUCCCGGCUGGUCACUGGAAGAUAUCCUACGUGCCAUCAACAUUUCAAAUGUUUAACAAAACUCUGGCGUUGAUCCGAGGGGAAAGAGUUUGCUGUUGAGGGGAGCUAUUUUCGGCGUUCGGUUUUAUUUAGUUAUUUAUGCAAUGCACUUUGCCUCGUUCGUAGUUGACUUUAACUUCUUUUUAAUUUUGAGUUUUUUUCUUCCUUCGAUUGCAUGAUUUUUCCUCUUUUUUAUGAAGGGAUGGGCGCAGCAUAUACAAACAGACAGACACACACAAAGAGGGAUUGGAUUCGGAAAUGGGAAUGGCAGCUUUAACCGAACCAUCGAUGGCUGGAUUCUGUUGCGUUCGUUUGGGUCUCCUGGUCAGCGUGCUUUGCUUGCUUGGUCACGUGUUGAUGGCGUUGGUAGUGCUUGUGGAACCCUUUAGUUUACUCUUCAAUUCUAAGCGUACGUCCUCUCCGCUCAGGAUGUGAUGAUUCAUGUUACUCCAACUGUGAAGUGUGCUUCGGGAGCUGGACACUGAUGCCAUCGG